UCCCUCAAGCUCAUUCGUUCUUUCGACAGCCGCCUGCAAAUUACCACGUGAAGCGAAAUACGUGAAUUUCACGACAAAAAUUAAAGUACACUACUAAAUAGUUAAAAACAGCGAGCAGCUAGUGCCUGGCAUUAGAAAGCAAACAGAGCUCGAAGCAAAUCUAGUUUCCUUGUAACAGAUAAAAACUUAAGAAUAAACUAAAUUAGACACAAAAUGGCGCUACGCGUGCAAUUUGAGAACAAUGACGAUAUUGGCGUCUUCAGUAAAUUAACAAACACAUAUUGCCUGGUGGCAAUCGGCGGCUCCGAGACCUUCUACAGUGCCUACGAAGCCGAGUUGGCCGAAACCAUACCGGUGGUGCAUGCCAACAUUGGCGGCUGCCGCAUCAUUGGCCGCCUUACGGUCGGCAAUCGGAAUGGAUUGCUGGUGCCGCAUUCCACCACAGACGAGGAGCUGCAGCAUUUGCGCAACAGCCUGCCGGAUGCGGUUAAAAUCCAGCGUGUCGAGGAGCGUUUGUCUGCGCUGGGCAAUGUGGUUGCCUGCAACGAUUAUGUGGCACUGGUGCAUCCCGAUUUGGACAGGGAAACCGAAGAAAUAAUCACGGACGUACUGAAUGUGGAAGUCUUCCGUCAGACCAUUGCCGACAAUACGCUGGUCGGCUCCUACACAGUGCUGAGCAAUCAGGGCGGCAUGGUGCAUCCCAAGACCAGCAUACAGGACCAGGACGAGCUGUCGUCGCUGCUGCAAGUGCCGCUCGUUGCCGGCACCGUCAAUCGUGGCAGCGAAGUGCUGGCUGCCGGCAUGGUCGUUAACGAUUGGAUCUCGUUUGUCGGCAUGAAUACAACGGCCACCGAGAUUUCCGUUAUCGAGAGCGUCUUCAAAUUGAAUCAAGCACAGCCGGCCACGGUUACAACAAAGCUGCGUGCAGCACUCAUCGAGGAGAUGUCCUAAGCAAACGGCUUCUACUAAUUGUUAAGCAAGCACACACACACAAGCACACACACUUUGUUAUCUUUUGUAAACAGUCCGCCAAAAUACAUACGAAACAACCACAAACAA